AUGGAACAAGAUACUAACAUUGGGCUUCCGGGCCAGCCGAAGCAAACGACCCCAGAGAGUGAGAUGCAGCGGCAGCAGCAACUAGCAGCUGCUGCUGCGCUGCAUCAGCAUCAAACUGUGCAGCAGCAGCAGCAGCAGCAGCAGCAGCAACUGCUCCUGCAGCAGCAACUCCAGCUUGGCUCAGGUGAUGUUCCUACUGCUGCAGCUACCUUCGCAAGUGACCCUAUCCCGCAGCUUCAUGCUCUUCAGCAGCAGCAACUACUGCAACAACAGCAGCUGCUGCAGCAGCAACAACUGCUGCAGCACCAAUUGCAGGUGCAGCAGCACCAGCAGCAGAUGCAGCUGGAGCAGCAAGCUCCCCUUAUUCAAGGAGGAGUGCAGCUUCGCAUAGAGCCGCUGCCGUGGGGCGACCCCCAAGGUGUACGGCAACAGCUACAGCAGCAGCAGCAGCAGCAACUACACCAACAGCAGCUGCAGCAGCAGCUAGAGCAGCAGAUGCACCAGCAGCAACUGCAGCAACAAAUGCAGCAGCAACAUGUGCAGCAGCAGCAACAGCUUCAACAGCAAGUGCUGUGCAGUGCUACAGCGCAAGGCGUCUUGGCGAGUCUUACCGAGCCUGGCCUGCAGCAGCUGCAGCAGCAGCAGCAACAGCAGCAGCAGCAACAGCAGCAGCAGCAACAGCAGCAGUUGCUGCUGCAACCUGUGACAGGGGUGCAGCCAACACAGCAGUUGCACCUUCACCAGGACAGCCUCACAGUGCAGCAGCAGCAGCCGCUGCAGCAGCAGCAGCAACUGCAGCAGCAGCAACUGCAGCAGUUGCAGCUGCAGCAGCAGCAGCAGCUGCAGCAGCAGCCACUGACCCCGUUGCCGCAACAGCAGCUGCAUCUGCGUACAGCCAUACGGGAAAGGCAAGAGCAGGAGCAGCAGCGGCAGCAGCACCUGCAGCAGCAGCAGCUGCUGCUGCUGCAGCACCAGGAUGCCCGCAUCAGGCUGCAGCAGCUGCGGCAGGAACAGGCGCAGCCAGAGGAAGCAGCAGCAACAGCAGCAGCAGCAGAAGAUGAGCCCUUUGCUUCUUCUCCUCCGGCCUUUCGCCGAUCCUCCUAUUGCCCUUCUCUUGGUUACCGCAGCAAAAGCAGCAGCAGCAGCAGCAGCAGUGGGUUGGGCCUAGACUACCCCUUGCUGCAGCGCAACAGCAGAUGCGCCCACUGUGGCGGCGGCAGCAGCAACAGCAGCAGCACUUGCAGCUUCUGCAACAACGUGAGGCCUGCAUGCAGGAGAGAGUGGAGCGCCAGCUUCCUGAGCAGCGCGGGGCUGCGGCAGCAACUGCAGCAGCAGCGGCAGCAGCAACUCCUUCACCAAACAGAGCAGCAGGGGCAGCAGCAAUCCCAGCAGCAAACAGAGCAGCAGCUGCAAGAGCCGCAGCAACCGCUGCAGCCGCUGCACCAAGUGACAGCACCACCGCAAGCGACAGAACGACAACAGCAGCAGCAGCAGCAACAGCUGCAGCCGCAGCAGCCACUGCAGGAGCAGCUUGUGCUGCAGCCUGCGUUGCCGCCGCCGCCGCCGCCGCCGCCGCCGCCGCCGCCGCCGCCACAGCAGCAGCAACAGCAGGGAUUGUCGAUGCAGCAAGCAGCUCAAAAGACAUGUUUGCUGCAUCAGUCUCCUCAUGCGACUCCUUUGCGGCCAGGUACCCCUCAACCCCAACAAGGGCCCAUAGCUGCGCCUGUGCAGCAGCAGCAACUGCAGCAGCCUCAGCAGCCUCAGCAGCCGCCGCAGCAGCAGCAACCGCAGCAACCGCAGCAGCAGCAACCGCAGCAGCAGCAACCGCAGCAGCAGCAACCGCAACAGCAGCAACUGCAACAGCAGCAACCGCAGCAGCAACCGCAGCAGCGGCAACUGCAGCAACCGCAGCAGCAACCGCAGCAGCAGAAGCAACUGCAACAGCAGCAACCGCAGCAGCAGCAGCAGCCGCAGCAGCAGCAACCGCAGCAGCAGCAGCAACUGCAGCAGCAACUGCAGCAGCCGCAGCAGCAACUGCAGCAGCAACAGCCGCAGCAGCAGCAGCAACUGCAGCAGCAACCGCAGCAGCAACAACCGCAGCAGCAGCAACAGCAGCAGCAGCAGCAGCGGCAUGAUAUUGGGGUACAGGUCACAUCCUCUGUAACCGUCGUUGAUUCCACUGCUGCUGCUGCUGCUUCUCAAGGGGCCCCCCUCCCUUCAGCUAUCGGGGCUCCUAUGCUUGCACCUGUGGGGGCCCCAUUAGGAGCGUCAGCAGUAGCCGGAGCAGCAGCAACCGCAGCAGCAGCAACCGCAGCAGCAGCAGCUGGGGGGCCCCCUGUAGCUGGAGCUGCGAGGGGCCCCCCUAAAGCUGCGGCGGGGCCCCCUGCUUUGUCUGCAGUGUGGGAGGGGGCCUCCCCCCCACCAGAAGCUGCAGGGGGCCCCCCUGCUGCUGCUGCUGGGGGCCCCCCCGCUGCUGCUGCUGCUGCUGCGGGGGGGCUCUCAGGGUCUGAGAAGGGGGCCCCCCUCAGUGCAGAAGUGAGGGGCCCCUUUGAAUCAUCCAGGCGGUUGUCUGUCCCUUUAAUUGCUGGUCUUGUUAGCAGUGAGAUCAGCAGCAGCAGCAGCAGCAGCAGUAGCAGCAGCAGCAGCAGGACCAGCAGCAGCGGCAGCAGCGGCAGCACCGGCGGCUCCUUUGAGGGCCCCUCUGCCUUCUUCGGCAUAGGGGUACUGGAGGCAGCAGCAGCAGCAGUAGAAGCAGCAGAAGCAGCUGAUGCAGCAGCAGCAGCAGCAGCAGCAGCCGCCGCAGGACCAGCAGAGAGCAGCCGCUACAGCACUCGCAGCGGUAGCACAGCAACAAACCUGAGCAGCGGAGGAGGACAAGCUAGCAGCAGCAGCUGCCCGACCACGCAGCAAUUAGCAGCAGCACCACCACCAGCUGCUGCUGCUGCUGCUGCUGCACCAGCAGCUGAUGCUGUAACAGCAAAACAACCCCCCGCAGCAGCAGCACCCCAGGGAAUGCCUAGCAUGAAGAUGCCCUCGGACGACAUUGCCUUGCAGACACGCCUGCAGCAGCAGCAACAUCAGCAGCAGCAGCAACAGCAGCUGCAGCUACAGCAACAGCAACAGCAACAGCAGCAGCAGCAGCAUACACUUCCAGCCGCGUCUGACCAUACCACCUUCGGCGUACCCUCAACCUUGCUGCCAGGCCCAGCAGCAGCAGCAGCUGCUGCUGCUGCCCCGGCCGAAGCACCAGAGGUAGCUGCUGCUGCUGCUGCUGCUGCUGCUGCACAGACGCAACAGCAGGUGCAGCAGCAGCAGCAGCAGGAGCAGCAGCGGGUUCAGCCUUCAGUUGCACCACUGAAGCCGCGAAGGGAGACAGAAACGGGCAUGCAGCAGCAGCAGCAGCCUGAAGUGGGGGCCCCUGCCCGAGUUGCUGCUGCACGUGCUGCAAGUGCUUGCCCAUCAACAACAGCAGCAGCAGCGACAGCAGCAGCACCAAGGGCAGCAACAGAGACACCGGUUCGCGCUCGUACACCUGUAGACUCCUUUACGCAACAUCAGGGUAUUCCGUCGUGGCAGCAGCAGCAGCAGCAGCAGCAGCAGCAACAGCAACCGCUGUCGUUGUUGGAGCAACCGCAACAGCAACUCACCGUGCAGCAGCCAGAACAGGGCCUGCAGCAACAGCAGCAGCAGUACGAAGAACAGCUGCCGCCGACGGAUACAGGAAUGGGGCAGCAGCAGCAGCAGCAGCAACAGCAACAGCAGCAGCAGCAACAGCAGCAGCAGCAACAACAACAGGUGCGGGAGCAGCUGCAGCAUCAUCACCAAUGUGAACAGCAGCUGCAGAAACGCCACCAUGAGCAUCAGCAGCAACAGCAGCAGCAUCAGCAUGCCCAGCAGCAGCAGCACCAUCAACUGCAAUCACAGCAGCAGCAGCAGCAGCAGGAGCAGCAGCAGCACAUUUGUACAACGCAGUCCGCUCCGCAGCAGCAGCAGCAGCAGCAGGAACACGGCAAUGAUGAACAACAGCAACAACAGGAGGCUUUGGUGCAGCAGGAACUGCUGCACCAGCAAACAUAUCAACACCAAUUGCUGCAGCAACUGCAGCAGCAGCAGCAGCAGCUGGAACAGCAGCAGAUGCAGCAGCUUCACCUUGAACAGCAGCAGAUGCAUCAGCAGCAGGUGCAACAAGAGGUACGCCAACAUCUUCUCCAUCAACUCACGACCCAGCAGCAGAAUGCACAGCAAUCAUUACAGCUGCAGCAGCAGCCCGUUGCUGCAGCAGCAGCAGCAACAACAUAUUACCAGCAGCAGAUUGAGGCGCAUCACGUCCUAGUUGUUGCGGAGCAAGAACAGCAGCUCCAAGCUCAGCUUCAGCACGAGAUGCUUGCCCUACAGCAGCAGCAGCAGCAGCAGCAGCAGGUUGCAGCUGAUACGCUGGCCCAGCAGGUCUUAUUUGAAGAGGCUUUGCUGCCGCUGCAGCAGCGGCAGCUGCCCUUGCAGCAGCAGCAGCAGCUGCCGCUGCAGCAGCAGCAGCUGCUGCUGCAGCACAGUUUGAGUGAGCAUGUCUGGCAUGUGCGCUUCGAAGGUGGAGAACAGCAGCAGCAUUUGCAACAGCUGCAGCAGCAGCAGCAGCAACUAGAACAGCAACAGCAGCAGCUACAGCAGCAGCACCAACAACUACAGCAGCAGCAGCAGCUAGAACAGCAACAGCAGCUGCUGCUGCAGCAGCAACAGCAGCUAGAGCAACAGAUACAGCAGCAGCAGCAGCUAGAGCAGCAGCAGCUAGAGCAGCAGCAGAUACAGCAGCAGCAGCAGCAGCUAGAGCAGCAGCAGCAGCAGCAUUACGAUUUGGCCCAGCUGCAGGUGAUGGCCGACGUGUGGCUGCAGAAGAGACUGCAAGGGUCUCAGGAUCCAUUCGAUGUCUUCUUGCAGGAGCAUGCUGCAGCAGCAGCAGCAACAGCAGCAGGUGCUGCAGCAGCGAGAACAGCAGCAACAGCAACCAUGACAGCGGCGGGAGCUUCUGCUGCCUCGACAGCAGCAGCAGCUGCUGCUGCUGCAUAUGCUGCUGGACAGAUGGGCCUCACUGCAAGUCUCUCCGGAAGCAACGCGCUGCUAAGCGAAGGCCAGUCAGUAAUUUCAGUCCCCAGCAGCAGCAGCAGCAGCAACAGCAGCAGUAGCAGCAGCAGCAGCAGCAGCAGCAGCAGCAGCAGUGGCAGCGUUCCCUGGGCCGUUGGAGAGCAAUCGGGUUUUUCUUUGGAGAGGCCCCAGUGGCAUCCGAUAGCUGAAGGGGGGGAGGAAGCGAGGAGGAGCAGCACUAGCAGCAGCAGCAGCAGCAGCAGCAGGCGAAGAAGCAGCAGCAGCAGGAGCAGGAGAGAAAAGCGACGUCUUCGUAGGCAUGUAUCUCCGAGCCCUCAUGAUGUCUCUGAUAUACGCAUAAGAGGAAGAUCUCCUAGCAGCAGGAGCAGCAGCAGUAGGAGCAGCAGCAGUAGGAGCAGCAGGAGCACAAGCAGCAGCAGGAGCAGCAGCAGCACGAGCAGCAGCAGCAGCAUCAGCAGUAUCCCUAGUGAAAUGAAUGAUAUGUUUGGGGGCUUACGUUUAGUAAUAGUAGCAAAUCGCUUGCCUUUAAGCGUAGAGAUAAAGAGAAAUGAAGGCUUAACAUACACUCAAAGCGGAGGAGGUCUUGUCUCAGGCCUCCGAGGUAUAAGACAUUUAAACUGUCUCUGGGUAGGCUGGGCUGGAGCAGAGGCCCCCCCUUUGCUGCGGCCUCGUUUAACAGCAGAGUAUAAGAAAAAGAAUUGUUUUCCUGUCUUCUUAGACCAGCAAACAAUUGACGCCUAUUAUAACGGAUUCUGUAAUAAUGUACUCUGGCCUCUUCUUCAUUAUUUACCUCCGCCUUUAGAUGUUGAUGCAGGUGAAGAGCAAAGCCUCCUUCAGUGGAGAGCCUACGUGCAUGCAAAUGAACUCUUCUGUGAAGCCCUAUGCGAGGUAUUUCAUUAUACGCACUUCAAUAUACCUGCAUGCAUGCACGCAUGCAUGUGUCUCGUUUAG